AUGGUUUUCAAGUACCUUAUACGAAAGACACGAAGAAUAGUGCUCUUGCUAUUCACAUCAUUCCUAGUUUGGGGCCUUUUGGCCACUUUUUUCCAACAAUUUCCAUCGUCCGCUGAUUCCAUAGCCACAUCAUCAACAACAUUUACACUCAACAAGAUCCCAAAGUCAUUGCAAAGCAGAACGAUCCAAGUAUUGAUAGCUCAUCCAGAUGAUGAAGUAAUGUUCUUCGCUCCUUCAAUUGUUGAAUUAAGCAAACCAAAAUAUAAAAACAAUAUAACUUUAACCUGCUUAUCAGUGGGAAAUGAUCAAGGUUUAGGAGAAACUAGAUAUAAUGAAUUAGUUAGAAGUUUGCAAAUCUUGGGGAUUGAGGAUUUUGAAAUAGUCAAUGAUGAAACAAAAUUCAAAGACUCAAUGGAACUAGAAUGGGAUGCUGAUAAAAUUGCCGAAUACAUCUCCAAAGAUACAGAUGUCAUUUUAACUUUUGAUAAAUUUGGUAUUUCAAAUCAUCCUAACCAUAAAUCUUUAUAUCAUGGUGCAAUCGCUUCAAAGAAGCCAGUAUAUGCAUUGAAAUCAUGGAAUAUGGCUGAAAAAUAUUCAUCUACAUUAUGCACAAAUGCUGAAAUCAUGUUGAAAUUGUUUGAUCAUUCAAUAUUAUACCUUGUCGAUGCAUUUCAUAUUGAGUCAUAUUUACCUGUGAACCUAUGGGCAAUACUACAUGAAGUCCUAUACAAAAAUGUUCAUAUUUAUGCUGACCUGCCAUCAACAAUUCUUGGAAUAGCAGCCAUGUCAAAUGCUCAUCAAUCUCAAAUGGUUUGGUUUAGAUGGGGUUGGUUAAGCGUUAGCAAAUACGGCAACUCAAAUGAAUUGAUAAAAAUACAAUAG